AUGAAAUAAAGACCUACAACUGCCAAAGCUCCAUUAACCAUAGAUUCCAAGGAUAUCCAUCAACUAUAUGAGCUUGAUAGUAAUUCACUUUGUCUCCAACUAGGUCGUUAAUAUUAAUUAAUUGGUAGUAAUCUAUCGCAUUUUAUCAUUUUGAACGAAUUGGGCAAAGGUUCAUUUGGUGUAGUCUAUAAAGUCAAAUCAACUUAUGAUGGACUUAUCUAUGUCUUGAAGAAGAUAAACCUCACUCAUCUUAAACCAAAAUAAUAAGGUAUUACUAUUUCAGAUUUCUAAGCUGAAGCACUGAAGGAAGCAUAACUUCUACGGACUUUAAAGCAUCCAAAUAUUAUAAGUUAUUAUGUGAGUUUCAUUGAAUAGGAUAAUCUUUGUAUAAUAAUGGAAUAUGCAGAAGGAGGAGAUCUCUAGAAAGUACUUAAAACUUAUAAAUAGUUACUCAAAGAUUAUAAGGAAAAAAGAAAAAGCUUGAAAGAAAAUACUAUUUGGUAAAUGAGUAGAGAAUUAACUUAAGCUAUAUAACAUUUACAUGAAAAUAAUAUCAUUCAUAGGGAUAUUAAGACACUUAAUGUUUUCCUUACUAAAGAUAAACACAUAAAAUUGGGUGAUUUAGGAGUUUCUAAAAUAUUUAAUUCUGAAAUUGCCUUAGAUGGUACACGUGUUGGUACUCCUCUUUAUCUUGCACCAGAACUUGUCUAACAUUAACCAUAUGAUUAUAAAGUAGAUGUUUGGGCUCUUGGUUGUAUUGUAUUUUAGUUGGCUACUCUGGAACCACCAUUUUAAGGAGAAAAUCUAAUUACCUUAGGUUAUAGUAUAGUUAACCAUUCACCAAAACCUUUGCCUUCAUAAUAUUCAAGCUGUAAAUUUGUAAAUCAUAUUUUAAGAAUUAUUCUAAUUCAUUACUAAAUUAUUAGAGAAAAUUCCUACAUUAAGACCUAGUAUAUAAUAAAUUAAUAGUCUAUUUUUUGAAAAAUAAGGUGGCGAAUUAAAAAUAUAAUAGUAUUUAAUAUAAAUAAAAAAAGACAUAUUGAAGAACGUACUAAACCUACUCUAAAUCAAAAUUAGCAUCAUUAUUAAAGACCUUUAACAGGCAAUCUAAAUAAAUAGAUAACACCAUCUAUAGAAAUUGAUAAAGUUAAUAAAAUAAAGAAAUCAAUUUUAUAAGUUGAAGGUAAUAUUGAUUAUCUUUAUAAUGUUGAGACAAAUUAAAAAGUAUAAAAAUAGAAUGAAACAGAUAAAAUUAUUAAAUAAUAGCAAUAUUAAUAAAUAAUUAGAGAAUAAUAAGAAAAAUUAGAAAAAGAGAAAUUGGAUAAGCAAAGAGAGGAGAAAAUAGAAAAUGAGAAAUAAAUAAAAUUAGAAAAAUAACUAUUAUCAUAAUAAAAAGAAAAAUUAAAUAAAUUAGAUAAGUUAAUUUAAUAAAAUUAAAUUUAAAUAGAUUCUAAUCACAAUGAAUACCAAUUAUAAAAACCUAUUUAAAAAUUACAACAUAAUAAAGUUAAUCUUUUUAUUGAAGAUUAUGAUCUUAAAUAAUCUUGUGAUGAAUAAAAGAGUGCCUUUUCAGUUGAUAAACAUCCUUAAAUAAAAUUCAAAUACUAAAAACCAAUAAAUACAUAUUAAUCUAAUAUUUAAAUAAGACCUUUAUCUGCAUAAGCAAGAUGCUCAUUUAUUAAUAUAUCUUCAAAAUCAAAAUUAAUCCCAGUAUUGCAUCACAACUAAUCUGCUUAAGAGACUAAAAAGUUUACAGUAUUAGAUUUAAAUCCAAAUUUUAAUGAACAUUCUUAACAUUAAGAAAUACCUAUAUCAUAACCAUCUAUAAUUUAAUAACCUGAAAAAAAUGAAGAAUAACAUAUCAAUAAUAUUAAUAAUAAAGAGAUUUCACUUAAUAAAACAAAAGAGAAUAUUCGUAUCAAAAGUGUAUUCACUUUAUAAAAAACAAAUAAAAGAUUUAAAAAUUAAUUCUAAGAACAAAGUAAUUAAAUUAUUAAACAUUAUACCUUAAAAGACUUAGAAGAGUGA